GUUUUUAAACGCAUAUUGUAGGAUAAACUGGAGGUCAUUGAUGGUUUAUCCAGCUUGAUGCAUCCCACCCACGUCACCGCGUCUAUCAUCAACUGAGAGCUACAUUUUAGUCAUUUGCAAUCACAUGGCCCCAGUGAAACACCCUAUAGAGAGAGGCACGAUGCAGUCAGCGCUGAGUGCAGUGUUGGUACAGGGCAGGUAGAGUGAGAAAGGGAAGAGGCAAAGCGAGGGAGUGAUUUGAAGUAAGAGGGAGGCAGGAAGGGAGGGAGGAUGCUGCCAGCGGAAAAUGGCUGCUGCAACCUCAAACCUAUCCUGAUACACCGAAACGACAUAAAGGUGGGGAGAGAGGGAGCCGGAGCACCAGAGAAAGGCAGCGGAAGAUUAGCAAAAUGAGAGCCGAAAAAGCGACGAUGUGAGCGAGUCUUUCCUGAAAGGAGGAUAUAAAGUGAGGAGACCCCGGAGUGGGCUGCUGCAAGCGGCGGGCUACAGCGAGCCAUGGAGGGCGAUGUGCGUGUUCGUGCAGUGGUGAUGACACGUGAUGACUCCAGUGGCGGUUGGGUGCCCCUAGGAGGUGGCGGCCUUAGUCAUGUGGUCAUAUGUAAGGGGCGGAGUCAUGAAGGCAGAGGACGGAGAGAGUAUAUCAUACGAGGAGAACGGCUGCGAGAUCGAGCUCCGGUGUUGGAGUGUGCAGUACAAAGAGGACUGGUCUACAACAAAGUCAACCCCAUCUUCCAUCAUUGGAGAGUUGAAGAUCGCAAGUUUGGUCUCACUUUCCAGAGUCCUGCUGAUGCCAUCUCCUUUGAAAAAGGGUUGCAGGCUGUCAUAGACAAACUUGACAGAGGCUCAGACUCCCCCUCAUCCUCAACCCCUGAAGAGGCUGACACUGAAGAUGAUGGACAAGCUUCCCAUACAGGAAGUGAGUCAUCGUCGAACAGUCGGAAGGAAAUGCUUCCCAAACCCAUCACCAUCGUCACAAGUGAAUCUUCAUCUACCUGUUUUGUACGAGCAGAGGAAUUUGGCUUUGGCUCCAGUCAUGCUGUCACCACCCAAACUCCUGCUCAGAUACACACCCGGCCCGGACAGCACCAGCUUUCACAAAUGUCGGCUAUUUUGAAUCCCCCUGCUCCUCCGCCUCCUCCACCCGCUCCUCCAACGCCUACUGUUGGUCCUCCUGCAUCAUCUCCUCUGUCCCCUCUGUCUCCCACCAUUUCACUGCUGGAGGAGGGCGAUCUGCGCAGCGUUGACCCCUGCAAAGACCUGUGGGGCUCCAGGGGCUAUGAGGACUACCGCCGAGCCGGUGCUACUAGGACUAUGGUGGGGGGCCUGACAGGAGGUGUAGUUGUGGGCAGUGGAGUUAGUCUACAGGACAAAUCUGAGCUGUGUGUGGUGCGAUUUGAGAAGGAGCUGGCAGGAGUGGGGACAACAGGCUGUGAUGUGACCGUGAGUUUGGACAGUAAAGCGUCCCAACGUCUGUCCUCAUCCUCCCCAACUUGCAUGUCCAUGUCCAACGCUGUCUCUGGGAUGUCCUCGGGUGGCGGCUCACCCCAGGACACAGGUAAAGGGUCCCCUUCACCUUGCUGCAUACACACCUCGUUGGCUACGCCUAGAUCACGGACUCGUAAGAGAGGGGGCGCGGCUAGCAGUAGUGGUGACCCCGGGGUUAUAUCCCCAGAUGAUGACAGCCCGUGUCCCCAGGCCUCAUCUUCAUGCUCGUCCCGCUGUGUGUACUGCCGUUCUGUGUUCAGCGCAUCCGAGAACGGGAGGGGGCGCUGUAGAGACGCCCCUGACCCGGCCCUGCACUGCCUGCGCCAGUGGACAUGUGUGUGGUGCGCAGAGAGUCUGCUCUACCACUGCAUGUCAGACUCUGAGGGAGAGUUUUGGGAGCCUUGUUCGUGUGAUGACUCACUGGGGGGCCAUCCGCACCCUCUGUGCUGUGCGCGCUGGCUGGCCCUCCUAGCCCUGUCAGUCUUUGUGCCCUGCAUGUGCUGCUACCUGCCUUUGCGCGCCUGCCUGCGCUGUGGAGAGAGGUGUGGCUGCUGUGGGGGAAAGCACAAAGCGGUGCGAUGAGGCCAGGUGCAGGGGUGGGAGGGGUUCACUGGACCAAAUGUGGUUUGGAUGUUGAGAUUAGAGAGCACCUAUAGGCACGCACUACAUGGAGCAAGUGGCUUAUAGUGUUCUCAGCAGAUCCAGGCCCUCCAAAGCCCUAUGGCCUUUCACUGCAUUCCUGCUCUUUGUCUGUGCAACCUGGGGCCCUCCUCCUGGCCCCUGCCUGUUGAAGGUGCACUGCACUCACAAGGAUCUGUGGGUGUCAUCCUAAGCCUUCAUAGUGGAUCUGCAGAGUUGGCCAUCUUCAGACACCCGUAAGAGAAGGGCAAAGAUGAUGUGUACACUGUUUCAAAUGUUUUGUUUCUUUUUAUUUAGAAAGAAAAACACAAAAAACUAAAGAUGUUUAUAUAUAUAAUUGUUAUAAUUUUAAUUGGUAUAUUUUAUUAAAUGUUGAACAUAUUGAAAGAACCCCCCAGUGGCACACACAUUCAAAACAUGGUGGAGAAGUAAUCUGUUUUGUGCUAGCCUGUUUAUCCAUCAGAUAAGCAGAUAUCACCCUUUACCUCUGAUUUUACCUCAGAUCCCCAGGUAAAGAAGUAAAAGUACGGAGAGGCCCCUUCAUUGUUGUUUUUUGAUUGAGUAGUAGAUUACCACAAAAGAACACUUUUCAGAUGUGAUUGAGAGAUAUUAAGGGAAGUUGCAAUGACAACCACUAAGACUAAAAGUCAAAAUGUUAUUCAUUGUGGUCCUUGGUAACCAUAAAAUGGGGAUUUUUUGUAAUCAUAAAAUCCAAAAUAUGUGUCAAUCAUUAAACUCACAUUGAUUAUUUCAUUUAUCCAUGUAUUUGUAAAAUAUUACACAUGUAAAACAUUACAUCCUACCACUAUACUUGUAGAAUCAGUCAAGGUGCUUACAACUGAGGCCUCUGAUUGAGUUUAUUCUACCUAAUGUAUACAAGCAUCAUAUAGUCCCAAAGACCAGUGAAGCAGGACCCUGUUGUGACAAAUCUGUAGAUGUGUCUUGACCUUUAAGGUAGACAUUACCAAAAAUAAGUGCAAUGAACAGUAAAAGGAUCAAUGGUAUAUACUCAGUAUAUAAAUACACAUUUAAUGUUAGGAGUUAAUGUUGAAAAGCAAAACAGUAAUGAUACUAGCAACACAACUGUGAGGGGCAGCGUGCAUGUCUGAACAUGCAUACUGCAGAUGCAUCACCUUGAAAAUAAUGGACCAAGCUCUUUGUUAGGGAACAGCUGAGGAUAUGUUUGUUGAAUGUUGCUUUAAAUAUAAAUGGAAAUGCUGCUAUUUUGCCCUGUUGACCUGCAAAGUGGUGCAACAACUAACCAGAAUUUAGAUAAAAUAUGGACAACAUCCCCAAGUCACUGCAAAACAGUGAAAAGUAUAAGAAAGGCUUUCAUCAGCUUGGAU